GGCGGGGCGGGACGGGCCGGGGCAGCCAUGGCGGAGCGGGGCCGAGGGCAGAGCCCGAGCGCCAUGGAGGACCUGCUGGAUGUGGAGAACAAGCGGAUGGCCGACAGCCUGGCCAGCAAGGUCACCAGGCUGAAGUCGCUGGCUCUGGAUAUUGACAAGGAUGCUGAGGAACAGAACCGCUACCUGGAUGGCAUGGACUCGGAUUUCCUGAGCGUGACAGGGCUGCUGACGGGCAGCGUGAAGCGCUUCUCCGGCAUGGCGCGCUCCGGCCGCGACAACCGCCGCCUGCUCCUCACCGUGUCCGCGGUGCUCGUCCUCAUCUUCUUCAUCCUCUACUACCUGGUGUCCCGGGCGGGGACCUGAGCCCGGGCUGGCAGGUGGCACAGGCCAGACCUCACCAUCCACAGACCUGGCCACAUGUUUUCCAGAGGAGCCUCCAGCCACACCUCCACCUUCCCAGUGACUUCUCCUUCCAGCUUGUCAGCGCUCCGGCUGGGCCCAGGCAGCUCUUCCAAAACAAGUUUGGCUCCAAAGGGAUCUUCGUGUCUGUCAGGAUUUUGGGGUCAUGGCUCUGGCCGUGACCUCCUGCCUUGUCUCCAUCCCGUGGGCUGUUUCUAAGGGCCACUUCCACAUGACCUCCCUCGAUCAAAACCAGGAACUAACAAAUCCAGGGACUUGUGGAUACUCCAUAACCCAGCUGAGCUUUGCGAGCUGUAGGAUUUAGGAUGCUGACUUAGGGGAUUUGGGAGUACCAAUGUGUGACUUACAUUCCGUGUGGCCACUCUCCAUUUCCCUUGGACUUGCAGACCAUAUCCCUGGGCUGAAAGGAAACUGUGAAAGGAAACUUGUGCAUUGCUAAUCCGGGUGGAAUUAGCAAUGGAUCUGGGCCUGGAUACUCUCACAUUGUAGCAGGGAAGAGAUGCAGGAGAGCGGGACUUUCAUUAAAUCCUGGCUUGGUUGUCUUUAUCAUCCUUGUGGGCAAACCAGGCUGGACCCUCUGGGAAGGGAGGGCCACAGUCCAUAACCACAUGGAUUUGCACUUGUGUGGAACCUUCCAGAACCUUCCCACACAUGUGCAAAUUAAGUUACUAAAUCAGGGUAAAGAAUACCGGUGGCAGAAGGUCCAGUUAACUGUGGUUAACGUGGCAUCCUGCUUUUAGAGCACUUUGGGGAGAUGUAGUGCCAAUAAAGUGAGGUGGAACUCCCCCCGCAGUGCUCUUGGGAGUGGGGGGAUCCAAGGAGGGAUUUGCUGUUUUGUUUAUGCAUUUAGAGAGUACAAAAGGAACCCCUGCUUUACCUUGGAGGGUGUGUUUGCUUAUUUGCUUCUCUUUUCCUGUAACAGGCAGGGCUCAGCCAUUCCUUCUCCUCUGAUUUAGACUCUCCAGCAAACCCUCUUCAUGGAUGGAUGGCUGGGUGUUCCUUUGCUUUCUCCCUGUUCCCAGUGGGAAUUCCUUUGCCCUUGGGCUAACUCGGGCCCAUAGGUAUGAAGAGAAUGUUGUCCCAUGUACCAAACUGCUCACAAAACACACCCUGGCUGGAUUAUGUGUUCUCUUUUCCACAUUUGGGAGAAAACGUGCAGGAAAGGCAAGGACAAAAGAGGCAGCAGGAGCUUCCUCUGGCUCUUCCUGCUUUCCUGGUGCAACGUGGCAGGUCUGGGCUCUUUCCUUUGGGAAGAAUCAACGGCCUGUGAUUCCUGGAGCAGGUGACUCCCAACAAAAGGCCCCUGGAGCAGCCUGGCCUUCACCGUGGCAGGGUUUAUUUUGCCUUUUCUGCUGUAAAUAAAGCUGAUUUUAGACCUUUUA